AUGAAUUCUAUUCGUAGACCUUCUCACGACCGUCAAUUAAGGUCCGCUACUUCAGCCAUUUGGCCAUCCAUUAAACGACUGUCGUUCUCAAUAAAGCCUACUCGGUCAUUUACCGAUUUGGGUGUUGUGUCAUCUCGUCAUCAUCCUACUAGUCGUAUCCACUCCACUCAUACACGUCAGUUUGCUGAAAAAUGUUUGCAGCUAGAAUACACGACAUUAAGAGUAUUGGCACCAAGUGGUGUGUAUAUACUGCCAGUUCCUGAAGCUCCAACACUUUGGCAAGGAGUUGUUUUUAUGAAUGAGGGAUUAUUUAAUGGUGGGAUUUUUCGAUUUGUUAUCGAGGCUGGGGAUACUUAUCCCGACACUAUCCCAGUGAUGCGAUUUACGUCGCUACUCUUUCAUCCACUCGUUGAUCCACUAACGGGUGUGCUAGAUUCCACAGAAGUAUUUCCUUCUGGUAAUUCGAUACCUAUGGGCGUUGUUGUUUUAAUUCAGUACAUGAAACGGAUUCUCAAAGUCGAUGUUGAUGAUAUGGUGUUGUGGUCGUUGAAAAAACUACAAAACAGCGUUUCAAACCUUAAACAAGCAGCUCCGUGCAAUAUGGACGCUUGCAAAUUAAUUCUGAAUGACCGUAAUGCAUUCAUGGACAAGGCGAAACGAUCAGUCGAUGCAUCCAAAAAGUAUAUCUAUGAGGAUCCCGACUCGGAAAUCAAAUUUUCUCCUUGGGAUAUAGAUGUCCAUAAUCGAGUGCUGCAUAUACUGCUCACAUCAAAUAGUGCUGCAGAGGCAAUAGAUGGUGCCUUUUCGUCCAAGGCUUUUGAUGAGAUGCAUUCCGAGAUGAGCGAGACCACAUAA